UGUCUGCCAAUGUCAGCCGCUAAUUAUGUAUUACUCCAAUUACCAUAUUGCAUACUGGUGUGUUAGGAUUUAAGACACAGAAAAUAGUAUCUUUAGGUAAACCCUAAACCCUUGAGAAAUUGGCGAUGGGCAGGGCGUCGGACAGCGAUAGCGACAACAUGGACAGCGGGGAGAGCAUCACAAAGGUUUCAGUAUGGGAUUUGCCGGAUGUGCCACAAGGGAAGUUGCUCUCACACCUUGAGCUAAAGAGGACUCGCGUUUUCUGUGCUUCUUUGGCUCCUACUAAUACAGAGAAUGUAAAUUACUCAGGCGCUUAUGCGUCAAUGGGUGUUGAUAACAGCGUCCGUUUUGAGCAAUUCCGCAACAAUUUCAAAGUGGAAAUUAUGCGACUUGAAGAGGAUGAAUUAGAGUUUGAUAUGAUUGGUAUUGAUCCUUCUCUUGCCAACGCAUUUCGCAGAAUCCUCAUUGCAGAGCUCCCAACCAUGGCUAUUGAAAAAGUUCUUAUUGCAAACAAUACGUCCAUUAUCCAAGAUGAAGUGCUCGCUCAUAGACUUGGUCUCAUCCCAAUUAAGGUCGAUCCAAGGCUGUUCGAGUAUAUGUCGGAAAAUGAUGUCCCUAAUGAAAAGAAUACAAUUGUUUUCAAACUCCAUGCUCGUUGUAAAAAGGGCAGCGAACGACUUAGAGUCUUGUCCAAUGAGCUGAAGUGGUUACCCAAUGGCAGUGAAUUGAUACUAGCAACAGAAAGUCCAGCAUCACAUUCGAGUACAAAGCCAAAAACUUAUACUUCAUUCAGCAGUAGUCAGGAUACUUUACCAGAAUUCUCGAAUAACCCAAUUGCCCCAAAAGAUGCAGAUAUCAUUAUAGCCAAACUUGGACCUGGUCAGGAAAUUGAGCUAGAAGCUCAUGCUGUUAAAGGCAUUGGUAAGACGCAUGCGAAGUGGUCUCCUGUAGCUACAGCUUGGUACAGGAUGCUUCCUGAGGUUGUAUUAUUGCGAGAUAUUGAAGAUGAUGAAGCAGAAACACUAGCGAAGAAGUGUCCGGUUAAGGUGUUUGAUAUCGAAGAUAUUGGUAAAGGUAAAAAGAGGGCAACUGUUGCACGACCAAGGGCUUGCACGCUUUGUAGGGAAUGCAUCAGAGAGGAAGGAUGGGACAAGAAUGUUGCAGUCAGACGUGUAAAUGACCAUUUCAUCUUUACCAUAGAGUCAACUGGAGCAUUGCCACCUGAGGUGCUGUUUACUGAAGCUGUAAAGAUUUUGGAAGAGAAAUGUGAACGGGUUAUAACGGAGCUGUCAUGAUCGGUUAUAAAGGGUAUUCGGAUAUGUAAUCCUUUUAAGAGAGCCAAGGCAAGAGUUCAGCUUGGUUCUUGUGUAUGAUAGUGUCACUUUCUCUUUUUCUGCAUUCAUAUUUCCAAUGUUUUGUUUGUCAAUUGUCUUUGGACACAUUAUUUUGGACAGGAAUGGUAAAAGUGGGUGGUGCUUGUAUUCUUGACUAUGAGUCUUUGGAAGACAUGUUAAUUAGAUGUAGGUCAUUCUGGGUCAUCUAUACUGUAAAAAUGUUUUAGUCCAUUAUGUAUUAUGGGCAUUUGAAGACUUGAGUCGAUUUGAUCUAGGGUAGAAAUUAGGCCCUUGGAAUGGUCACAGCCUUGUUAUUCAGUUGAUGUGAACAAGUAGCUGUUGUCAGAGUUUGAUAGAAUUUUAGAAUGAGAUAAGUUUUGGAAGUCAA